AUGCCCCUUCCUCGCAUCUUCCAUUUUUUGUUUCCAGAGGAGAUCAUUGGAGGUCAUGAAGCACAGCCUCAUUCACGUCCAUUCAUGGCUCUUGUGGCGUCACUUCAUGAUGGCCAGUGGGGAAGAUGUGGUGGUUUCCUUGUGGAAGAAGAUAUUGUCCUGACAGCAGCUCAUGUCCAGGAAAGCCCCGUGUAUGUCAUUUUGGGGGCUCAUGACAUUUUGUUUCAAGAAAAGACAUGGCAGAAAAUUCCUGUGAAAAAAGCGAUCCCCCACCCUAAUUUUAUCAAUGCGACUGCUAUAAAUGACAUCAUGAUAUUACAGUUGAAGACAAAGGCCCAACUGAAUGCAGCUGUGGGCCUGCUCCCCCUGCCUGGAGAAAGUGACCGGGUGAGGCCUGGUCAGGUGUGCAGUGUAGCUGGCUGGGGACUGAUUACUAAGAAUGAAACAACAAACAAGCUACGUGAGGUGGAUCUUAUCAUUCAAGAGCACUUCCAGUGUGGACGCCGCUACCCGAAUUAUGACAGUACAUCUCAGCUGUGCGUGGGAGAUCCUCAGAAACAGAUGUGUUCCUUUAAGGGAGACUCUGGAGGUCCAUUGGUAUGCAAAAAUGUGGCCCAGGGCAUUGUCUCCCAUGGAAAUGAAGACGGAACUCCUCCACGUGUCUCCACCAAAAUCUCCAGUUUCUUGCCCUGGAUAAAGAAAACAAUUAAAGGUCUCCACCUGGAAGAAUCACCCUGA